AUCAUCUGGAAGUUGAUUGAGGAAGAGAGAGAGAGAGAGAUGGAGAUAAGAAGAAGAAGAAGAAUAGUGGUUUUGUUGAUGGUUUUUGCGAUGAUGUGUGGGGGAGAAGCACAGCUAAGGGAGAAUUUUUACAGUUCGACAUGUCCAAACCUUGAAGCCAUAGUAAACCAGGCAGUGACCAAUAAAUUGGCUCAGACUUUCACCACCAUUCCUGGAACUCUUCGUCUCUUCUUCCAUGACUGCAUGGUUGAGGGAUGUGACGCUUCGGUGAUGAUCCAAUCGCCAAAUAAUGACGCAGAGAAGGAUGCCGAAAUCAAUCUAACGCUGGCCGGAGAUGGCUUCGACACGGUGGUUAAAGUGAAGGAAGCCGUGGAAGCUGAAUGCCCCGGCCUGGUUUCAUGCGCAGACAUUUUAGCUCUCGCCGCCAGAGACGUUGUCGCCUUGGUUGGAGGCCCUUCGUUCAACGUCGAACUCGGACGCAGGGAUGGCCUCGUUUCAAGUGCCUCUCGGGUCGAAGGAAACCUACCAAAAGCAAACUUCAAUCUGAACCAACUCAAUGCCAUGUUUCGUCGGCACGGUUUGAGCCAAACCGAUAUGAUAGCACUGUCCGGAGCACACACGGUGGGGUUCUCACACUGCAACGAGUUCACCGAUCGACUCUACUCUUCCACGGUGGAUCCUUCUAUGAACUCCGACUUCGCCCAAAGCCUGAUGCAACAGUGCCCUAGAAAUUUUGACCCUCAAGUGGCCAUCGAUCUGGAUGUUCAAUCCCCACAAGCGUUCGACAAUUUGUAUUACCAGAACUUGGUUUCAGGUCAGGGAUUGCUCAAUUCUGAUCAGGUGCUCUUUACUGACUCCGAUUCACGGUCCACGGUGGUUGAGUUCGCCAACAACGCUGCUGAAUUCAACGCUGCUUUUGCCACCGCCAUGAGGAAGCUUGGGAGGGUCGGGGUCAAGACUGGGAAUGAAGGCGAGAUUAGGAAAGAUUGUACUAAAUUCAAUUCUUCGUGAGAUUUCUGUGCAUGGUGUGUUCAUACAGUAAUAAUAUGUUUGUAGUCCCAUAUAUAUAUAUAUAUAUAUACGUAACUAUUAUAUAUAGUAUUAAAUAAUAUUUCCAGCAAG